CGAGAUGGGCUGGGCAGAGCCCAAGCCCAGUCUCACUCACUCUGGGCUGAAUGAGUGGGCCGAAUCAACUAGCGGCUCCGUUACAGAAUCACCAAACCCCAACACCGGCGUCGGAGCAGCGGCGGCAAGCAAAAGAAAGAGGAGGAGCAAGUGGUCAUCUUGGUAAGCUAUCAACAAAAAUUACAAUCAAAGAGGAGGAGCGAGAUGGCGCAGCCGAGCAAGGAGCCGUGCAAGAAGGAGGCGUGCGACAUCCAGGCCUGCCUCUCCAAGAACCUCUUCGAUUCCAACAAGUGUUUGAAAGUCAUUCAGUCACUACAAUCUUGUUGUGAGCAAUGCGAGUACAAAUCAACACAUUGUGGUUCUUUGUCGGGCUUGCUGAAAAACAUUUCAAAGUCAUGUAAUAAGAAUAACACUUAAUAAAGGUAAUUUUAGGUUUGCUUGGGAAUUUAUCAGGAUAUCAGUUUCUCUAAUCCAUCAUUGUACAGUAUAUGUGGAUACUGAAGUUUACUUAGUGGAUCCUGUUGACUCAAGCCUAUCAUAUUUGGUUUCAGUGUGGGUGCUAUGAUAUGAUGAGAGGAAGUCACAUGCUCGUCUAUUUGAUUGGCUUAAUUAUUGGUAUUUCUUUUUCCUACUUGCAGUAUGACUGGAACAAUAAUAAUGCGCCAUCCUCAACCUGCAGAAAGGUGCUCUGGUUGCUAGUUGUUCGGUGCUAAGUUUGUCAACAUGUUUGUUUAAGACGGAUACUGAUAUUGCCAAUACCUGGUAGUUCUUAUGCUCAAGCACAGAUGUAAUUCAACAAAAUAAGUGAACCCUUGCCUUGCUGUACACUUAUCUGCAUUUAUGAUAUGGGAAGUGCUUUGAAUUA